UUAAUGACUUCUCAUGUGUCGUGUAGCCUUUUUGCUGUCAAAUGCCAUUGGAGUGCAAAUAGUUUGGUCCUUGCUAGGGCUGAUGUCACUGAACUGAGUGCAUUUAGGAUAUGCAUCUCUAUAUUCACUUCAUUUGGAAAUAGAUAGUUAAAUAUAUAUGUAAAGAAAAGAAUGGAUGAAAGGCUUUUUUCUGCUAAAUAAUUUGGGUGUCUCUUCUCUCUGUUUUAGUCAAAUACAUGAGAGUAGUUUAUAAAUUAGUUGAGCUGGAGUUGCCAAACUUGGCUGUAUAUCUGAGCAGACUGGAUGGAAAGCCUUUGCAACUGAUAUUGUCCUCAAGCAGCUGAUCAUCAGAGCAUUUCCUUCCCAUACCCAAGCCAGCAAAAUGACCACAUCCAGCAGGCAGAGCUCUUCUAAGUCUAUGGUCAACAACUUGGCCAAAAGAUUUGAUCCAAACACUUUGCAAAACCAAGGGCCAGGUAAUGGAAUGGAACCUCCUCAAAUUCUUCAUGUUGAGAGAAGUGAUGUCAGCACAUCUGAAAGUUUCAACAUCAUGGAUGUGAAGUUUGCCUCCCUUGAAGAGAAAAUUGAUAAGCUGUUGACUCUGCAAGACAGUGUCCUUAAGAAGCUUAACAGUUUUUCCCAAGAAAUCUGUUUCAUUGAAAAAGACAUGGAGAUGGUAAAGGCGGAAACAUCUGAACCUGGAUCAAAGACGGAAAGAAACAAAAAAAUGAGAAAUAAUGAAAUGAAGAAACUUUGCCUUAAAAUGAAAAAAUCUCUUUCUGAUAUAAACAAGAAAGCUGAGCAGCAGGUUAAAAGGCUAGAUGGACUUGAACAAAGUGUUUCUGGACUACAGAAACUUGUAGGACCUCUGGUAGAAAGGGUGAAAACAUUAAUAAUUCAUAAUUCAAGUGUAAAACAUCAUGUUAAAAAACGUAAAGUUUGCAAGGCAGGAGCUGGACAUCCCUUUAGGAUGCACAUUUUCUCGGAGACAACAGCUGGUGAUCUGCUUAAGAAGAAAAAUGAAAAGGUCAUCAAAGAAAAGUCACAUUUCAAUGAAACAGAAACAAAAGAAAAGAAGCCGCCAGAUUCAACAGAUGGGGACAUCCAGCAGAGUCAAUCCUGCCCUCAGGAAGAAGAAGUUGAUAAACUCAACAAGGAAAAUGCCAAGAGGGAAAGUUCCCUUCUGCUUGAAGUGGAUCCUCCCAAAUUUUAUCCUGAAGAGUCAGAGGAGAAACAAGAAAGUUUGUCUUUAGAAAGCCAUUAUGAAUAUAGGAGAAACUCUUUUCAGGAAUCCUUCACUCCAGAAAAGCAGCAGGAAGAAGAUGCUGUUGAUGAUGAUUGUCAAAAAAUAACUGUGCAGGAGACAGAGAGUGAGUCCCCAGCAGCUGAGGAGAAGAAGGAACUUCAGGUGCCUGAAGAUGCACUUGAGGAACAACAAGAGGAGAAAGAGAGUGAAGGGAAGGAAAAUGCUGAUAAGAAUGAAAAAGGUGCUGAGGAACCACCAGCUCCUUCCCAAAAGGAAGAUGAGGCAGAACAAAUUUAUGAUGAAGAGGUAUCAGAGGGAAGGUGUAAACGCUGCGAAAAAGAUGAUAUUCCUACUCCACCAGCACCGUUUGAUCACCGGAUUGUCUCAGCCAAAAGGGUGGGGAUCAGCAAUUACUAUAAUGUCAACGAGGAUGAAAUUCUGGGAGGAGGGCGUUUUGGGCAAGUGCACAAAUGUGAAGAGAAAGCAACAGGUCUCAAGCUGGCGGCCAAAAUUAUAAAAGCACAAGGUCCAAAACAGAAGGAUGAAGUAAAAAAUGAAAUCAAUGUCAUGAACCAGUUGAAUCACGUCAACCUCAUCCAGCUAUAUGAUGCCUUUGAAUCUAAAAAUGAUAUUGUACUUGUCAUGGAAUACGUGGAAGGAGGAGAGUUAUUUGACCGAAUUAUUGAUGAGAACUACAAUUUGACAGAGAUGGAUACAAUCUCGUUCAUAAAACAGAUCUGCAAGGGAAUUCAGUACAUGCACCAAAUGUACAUUCUUCAUUUGGAUCUCAAGCCUGAGAAUAUCCUGUGUGUGAAUCGAGAGGCAAAUCAAAUAAAAAUUAUUGAUUUUGGAUUGGCAAGAAGAUAUAAACCCAGGGAAAAACUUCGAGUUAACUUUGGGACUCCAGAAUUUCUUGCUCCUGAAGUUGUGAAUUAUGAGUUUGUCUCUUUUCCUACAGACAUGUGGAGUUUAGGAGUCAUUGCUUAUAUGCUCCUCACUGGAUUGUCUCCUUUUUUGGGUGAUGAUGACAAUGAGACCCUCAACAACAUCCUGGCCUGUAACUGGGAUUUUGAAGAUGAGGAAUUCCGAGAUGUUUCUGAUGAAGCCAAAGAUUUCAUAUCAAAGCUUCUCAUCAAGGAAAAAUGCUGGAGAUUAAGUGCAACUGCUGCCUUAAAACACCCAUGGUUAACAGACCACAGGCUCCACUGCAGACUCCAGAGAAAGGCUAAAGGUGACUGCAUGUCUCAAGCGCCCCUGGCUAAAUAACCUCUCGGAAAGAGCUGCCAAACAGAAGAAAAGCUGCUGUGUGGUUACUGCUGCUAAGAGAUUUGAAAAUAUCAGUGGUCUCGGUGCUUUAACCCCCUGCCAUGACUGAGACUUCUACUAAAUGGACCAACAGCACUUUAGUUGCAGGACAAGUCCCAGCAUUGUGGAGCUGCUUCUUCUCUAUUCAGCUGUUAAAAGAAGGAAAGUAUUUCUCCGUGUUGCAGGAACGUGUUUCUUCUGAAGCAGCAUGUUCUCCAUGCCUGCAAGUGCUACAUUAGCUUGGUUUCAUAAUGAACUUUUCUCUAUCUAGUCUUAUGUCCUCAUUUACGUAUGAAAGGCUCCUUGAAGUUUAAAUUAUCAUGAAAAAUUAACUGUUUCUCAUUUGAGCCCAGAAGGCAAUCUGUCACUAUGUUAUAUCUCUAGCCAAGGUUCAUUUGACACUAGAGUCAAAUAAUUAAAAAAAAAAAAACCAACCCCAAAAAAUUGCAGCAAAUUGAAAACUGCCUUUGGUAGAAGAUUUGAAGUUUGUUUUUCCUGUCACACUAAAAUGAGUUAAAGAUUAGCUCAGCCCAUGUUAAAGCCAUGUUAAUGUAACACCAGUGGAAGGGAGAAAUGAGGCUUUCCUUGUGUACAGGUGAAUUUGCUGUGACUGUGGUACAGUACAUUUCAGGAUUUUUUGCCCUGAUGAAUUACUGCUUGCUGUAAAUACACUUGAAUUAAUUAAACAAGAAAGAGAACAAGGCACUAUUCACUUGUACCCGUGCAGACCUUGUUCUCCAAAAUGCAAAUAUAAUUCAGAGUUAUUUUAACAGAGAGUGAUUUUAUAUCAGCUAAUCUGUUUAAUGCUAAUUUAACUGAUUAGGACCACUGGCAAAGAGGGGAGUCAGUGCUUUGCUCAUUAUAACCUCUGAGUACAGGCUCAAGUAAAAAUCCUCUGUAUUUCUAGUUUUCUUAUCUUGCUCCCAAACCUUUCUGAUUCUUAACUAGGUAAAAAAAAAAAAAAAAGGAGUCAGAAUAGUUGAAUUCUUCAACUAAAAUUUUUUGAUUAUGGCUCAUCAUUGAGUGAAUCUAAGUUGCCAAGGCUCUGAACUUAAAAUAAUGAGACUUUCUGCUGUAUAUGGCUUUCUUACUGCUUUGUUUCAGAACUACAGAAAUGCAAAUUGUAAUGAGUAUUUUAUUUAAUCAUGCUGUUGUGGUGUCUUUACAUUGUCUUUGCUUAAUCCAGUUCUGAUCAAACCACAUAUUAACAUAGGUAUAUAUUUAUCUAUGCAUUUCAUAUGUUCAUAUAUUUAAGUUCUGUCUUUUUAAAAAAGGGAUCAACAUAAAGACAAAACAAUAUUAUCACCACCACGCAAUGAAUUGCUUCUCACACCUUUGUGCUUUCUGGAUGGCAUUAAUUUUGAAACGAGAAGGGGCCCAUUAAUGGGACAUCAUGGCCAUCACACUCUCUGCAGCCAGUUUGAUCCAAUGUUUUAAAAUUAUUGUAGGACAUCCCUUAAGACUGCUCCUGUAAAUGAACUGGGCUUCUUAAAACUGGGACAUCUUAGGAAUACUGACGUGUUGCACCAGAGGUUGCAAAUACUGCUAUCACACACUGACACACCAUGUAGCUUUUAUAUGAUAUAGAGCACUGCCACCUUCAAAUCCUCAUUUGUAGUCUUUACUAAAGUAAACUUUGCCAAGCAGAAAUGGAAGUUUCUUUGGGAAAAGACUGAGUGGUCUCAAAGUAGGAAAAUGAGCAUAUGACUUCUAGGUAGAAGCUGGGCUUGUUUUCAGUCACCAUUUAUAUUUGUCUGGUCAAAAUGAAUAGAAAAGUUUCCUUUCUGUUAGGAUUGGAGUUCCCACUCCUGUUCUGACUGUCUUCAAGAUAUUGUAGCUUCUUGUACAGCACACAACUCAAUGAUCAGAAUAAAAUGCAAUUCCGUUUGGAAUGACAGGAUCUCAUUAUGCACUUUAGUGCCACUGUAGAAUUGGAUCAGGGUUUUGUUUUUCCUUUGGUAGAUUUUAUAUGGAUAAAUUGCAUGUAAUUUAGAAUCUUAUUAACUAUACUAAAAUAAUAGUGUGACUACAGUUUUUUCUGCUUUGUUGCUCAGUUGAAUUAAGAGGAUUUAUUAUUUGUUGAUAUAUCCAUCUGAGUAUUAAUUAAGAGCCUAGUGCCAUGAAGAUUAGCCCAGUGUUAGAGUGUGUUGCACUGAAUGAACCACAAAUCCUCCAGGAGCUGUAGGAAAAUGUGGCCUCUGUUGAGCACAUCCCCCAAGUUCAUUUGUACACUGCUCUGUCAGAAAUAGGAAUGCAUGGGAGGAUAGAAGAGCUGGACAUAUUUCCCCUCCUUUUAGAAUUUAGGCAUGAGUUGAGGAGGGGACGCCUCAGCAGUCUUUGGCUUGUGCUACUGGGCAGUGUGCUAACACAAGGCAUUUAUCUUCUAUUCUUCUUGAUAGUGGUGGUCCCACGCUGGAGUCCUGUCUGUAAAUUGUCCCACUGUUUCAUUCUUAGAACAGCUCCUGCAGUAGGGGCUGAAUUUGAGGGAGGGCCAGUCAGAGGAGGUUGGACUGAGCAAGUCUCUGCAGUGACUGAAGGUGCCAUUUGGUGCCCAGGGUUAACCCCAAGUGGGCCUGCAGGUGUCCAGUGGAGGAGGAAAGAAUCCCAAGUGCACUUCUGCUUUUUGCUCCAGUGGUGCUGGAUCUGCAGCACCGAGUCAAAAGGGAGGUGCCUUACCUAGGGCCUCACUGUCACCAAGGGUAAAAAAUUAUACUGCUGUGUAAUCAUCACUGCUGUGUAUAGCAAUGUGCCUGAGAAAAAUGUCUCAGAGGUGUUCCUUUGUGUCUUGUAUCCACCUCAACAUGAGAAACAGCUUCUUUACACUGAGGGUGGCAGAGCACUGGAACAGGCUGGCCAGGGAGAUCAUGGGGUCUCCCUCUCUGGAGAUGUUCCAAACCUCCCUUGAUGUGUUCCUGUGUCAUCUGCUUUAGGUGACCCUGCCUUGGCAAGGGGGUUGGACUGGAUGAUCUCCAGAGGUCCCUUUCAACCCUAAAAAUUAUGUAAUUCUGUGAUUCUGGGAUCUUUCCUGGCUGUUGUAAUUUUAGUAAAUAAUAGCUUGAGACAGAUUCUUUUCAGUGGCUUCCUAAGUGUGUUUCCUUUCACGUUGAGCAGCAUGCUGUUUUGUGUGUGUGCUCACAUAUGCAAGUUUGAUUUGCAUUCUGUUUUACUUUGCCCUACCUCUGGAAACAUUCUAGGGAGAGUUGGACAGGCUUGUAAUCAACGUGGUCAAGUGGGAGACCUCAUUUCUCAUUUCUGGAAGGUUGGACUAGGUGACCUUUAAAGGUUCAGUCCAACUCAAACUAUACUAUGAUUCUAUGAUUUUAUGAUUUAAGUAUGCUCUGUAAUGACUAAUAGCUAAGUCCUGCUGUGUUAAAUCAUUGUUUUGACACAUCAAUCAUUUAUUUUCUACUAGGUCAUAAUAAUACUAAGGCUACUAGGGUCUAAUAAGUCACCUAUAUCUGUGUGAGUCUGCUUAUAAUUUUUGCUCCAUAUUGGCUUAUGUGACUGCAUUUGGGAACUGUGAAUUGCUGUGCUUAUGAGCAGGUUUGGGUGUGAAAGGCACUGUUCUAGCUGCUUUUAUUCCAUUUCACUAUAUUUUCAUGGACAGACAGGGGUGACUGCAGGUACCUCAACAGUGGUAUAGAAACAUCAGUUGCAGUGGGAGGGAUGAAGUGCCCAGAUGCAGUGCUUGUCUUGUGCAUUCUUCCUGACAAUGUAAAAAUUUAAAAAUGAAAUCCUGGGAACAUGACAAGUAUCACCUGACACUCAUAAGAAUCAGGACACUGUCAUUCCCACUCCUAUAGAUGCAGCGGGUAAACUGGAUGCCAGAUAUACUGGAGUAGUCUGACAUCAAGAUUAGAAGCAAAUAUACUUGGCACAAGAUGGGACACCAGUGGUUUUCCAACUGCUUUUAUAUGUUGUACAUCUUGAAGAUUAUGAAAUGGGUGAAAAGUUAUGCAGAAAGAUCUCCAUGCUAUCAUGUCCAUGUUUGUAUACACCUGCAGCUAGUCACUCCUCUGGGUACCCUCACAGCAUAAGCAGUUGGAAACCUGGACAAUCCACUCUGGAGAUUACAAGAGCAGCUGAUUUUUAAUUUUGUUUUUAUAUUACCUCUAAUAUCAGGAGAUGAAUAAAGUUAAAGCCAAGCUAAAUUCUUGAUUCUAACCAGGAAUGACAGGGUAGGUCACAGAAAUAAAUGAGGGAAGUGCUAGAUCCACCUUUUGUGAUGUGAGUAGUAGAAGAGCCCCGUUUUAACCACUCCGCCUUCCUGCCAAAAGUGUCUACUUUGCACCAGUCCUGAUCAGUAAAAAUGAAAGGAAUCUUAAUCUUUUUAACAGUGAAGGAAUCUCAAUCAAGAAACAGGUUUUCUGCAGUUGUUAAAUUGCUGCAGUAAAAGUCAGGUUAUUUUAGCAUUUUCAGUUUAAUGCUGACACUAUAAAUCACUGACAGCCUCUUUCAGCAAAAUGGCCCCCACCAGGAGCUGUGAGAAAUAAAGGUGUUUGUCAGCUCUCCUACACUAAUGGAAACCUGGAAACAUUGGAUUCCAUUCCUCUGGAUCCAGUGAGCAGGGCAAUUCUUAGCAUUUGGACUUCUGCUACGUGGUAAUGGAUGCAGUUCUGCACCCAGAGUAGUGAUGAAUGGAUGAAUGAGCACUGUUGCUCCAAACUCCUUCCAGGAGGAUGAUGCAUCUUCACAUACUACUUUUAUCACUGACACAUACUUGUUCUUGUGUCUCCUGUGAAUAAAACUAAACACUGCAUGGAUCUGUUUAGGAAUGCUAGACUGUUUCACCUUCCAUGAAGGCUUGGUAGCUGAACAACUAACAACCUGUUUCAAACUUAGAUGAAGACUGGUAGAGAUGGUGCUUUGUAAAUAUGUUGUGUAGCUGCGUCUGUAGAGUUGGUGAUCUCAUUUUGGUGUGGCAGAACUAAUGUUUGUGUACCCCACAGCAACUUCCCUUGAAUUUAGAGGACAGGCAUGUGGCAACUAAAUCAUGAAGCAUGCGGAUUUUCAUGUACCUUAUCACUUUGGUUUGCCUAUCUGGUUUUGUAGAUUAACUCAUGUAUCUCUGGUAUGUGUUCUUUUGUGAAAACCAUGAAACAAUCUUGUAAAAAGAUGAAUAAGGAAUAAAUGCUGAUUUUGUUUA